GAUUGUAGACUAUGCUCACAUUCAUAAAGAUUGUUUUAUGACAAUGAGUUCCCAUGGUGUGACUCAGCAUUUUCCUAAUGAAAUGAUAUUUACCCCACUUGAUCAGUGGGAAAAAGAGUAUGAUGACUUUUGCAGGAUUAGUAAGGUACUGAGAUCACCGUGUGCCUAAAAUCUUAAUCAGAUUUCUCUAAUUCUUAAAACUUAAAAUGCCAAUAUUUUCACAAACAGAUUAAACUAUUUUCAAAAUUUCGACUGUGGAAAGCUUUCUUCAUGUGGAGAAAAAGCAUUACACAGGCAAAGUAUAAGGAAGCCCAAGAAUCAAUACAAAAGAAUCUUUUUUUCCUGAAUUCGGUUCUUCAAAAAGCAUUAUUAGAGAUGAGGGAGAUAUGCCUGAAGCUGCUUGAACUUAACUUCUUCGAUACAUCCUGUUUGCAACUCAACCCCCUCUUCCAAUUCAUUGAAAAUCAGAUGCACAGGAAAGAAAGCAUUCAAGCUCAACUGGCCGAAUACCGCUCAAAUUUUAGGGAAAUUAUUAAUUCUGCUUGUUAUGAGGCUUUGUCCCAAGAAGGCUUUACACCCCAUGACAGUAACAUGCGACUUUCAAGAAUACAACUUCUUCCUGGACAACGAUUACCCCCUUUAAAAGAUGGUAAAAUUAAGAUGUCGUACACAGAUCAAGCCAGGAAGAGGAGGUUUUGUUCCCGUUUGACAAGUUUUAUUCAUUUAGUAGACUUGUUAAUCAUGGAUUCUUUCCACAUCAUCAUCAAAAACUCACAAACAUCCUUUGUAGGAGUUUUGAGUGAAUAUGUUGUUUUUACACCAUCUUAUGAUCUUCUUGAAGAGGACGACACCUCUGCUCUAUUGGAAGAACCUCGCCCAGACAAAGCACCUCAAAACCCUUUGUUCAUUACUGAUGUUGUUUGUGAACCACAAGCUCUAUUGUUGGACCCCUCAGCUGAAGUAUAUGAUGCCAUGUUUACUCAAAUAAUUGAUUUAUGGACAAAUGCUUUGAUGUCUAUUCCAACUUUUUUGACGGAUCCUUUCUUCAUUCCCUUUGCUGAACCUGAAAUUAAUGGGAAAAUGGAGGCAAGAGAUUGUGGAAAUGGGUGUGAUCUUCAAUUUUGUCUGAGUAUUGAUGAAGAUGUUACUCAAACCAAGAAAGAAAGCCUUGACCUUGUUCAGAAAGCAUUUCAGGCUGCUCAAACCUACAUUAAACGUUUUCAAUUAAUGAGAGAGUUUUAUAACUCAAAUCUUGCAAUUUCAUCAGAUGAUCUUUCAAAAAACCAAUCACUAGAAGUGUUUAGAAAGAAUUUAUCUGAAUUUUCAAGACAAGAAGAUGAGCUAGAAAGAUGUGUGGAUGCUCAGCCUUUAGGUCUUCUGUUGGUAAAAUUGAACCGUCUCAAAGAAGAAGUUUUCCCCACUAGCCGCAAUUUAAGAGAGAUCAUAGAGGAUGUGAUGCCGCGCAUUGGCCGAGAAAAGGUUCAAGUUCUUCUUACCGAAAUUGAGGAGAAACAAUUAUAUAUCGAUCGAGAUCCUGUCUUGACAAAAGAAUUUGUUGAAUAUCUGGAGUUUUUGGAAGACAUUACCAAGCGGGUGGAAGAGAUGGAUAGUGAACUGGACUAUUGUAAGGAAUUGUAUGACUUAUGUGAUGAAUAUGGCAUUAUUGUGUCAGAGCAGGAUAGUGAAGAAUAUUAUAGGCUUGGUGAAUGGCUAGGAACACUUCAUCGAACAGUUGAUAGAAAAUUAUCAGACAAGUUGACUCUUGUUGCUAAGUUUGUAGCUCAAUGCCAAGUUGACAUAAAUGCCUUGCUGGAUGACAUCAUGAAGACACAUGAAAUGGUCAUGGAUAAAAAAUUUGUUGAUUCUGAAGCAAAUCCAGAAGAAAUACGUGUUUCUCUGGAGGAAGUGUCUGAAAAAGUUAAUGAAUAUCAAGAAAGAGCUGGUGAAAUCAAAGGAUAUCAAAAAUCGUUCAGGGUCGAAGUUACUCGAUUUGAAAUGUUGGAUGAAGUCACUAGUGAAUUGCGUGUCCGACAAUUACUUUGGGACAGCCUGGAGGAAUGGGAAAAAUCAAAUCAUUUCUGGAUGUUAUCUGACUUUUCCUCAUUAGAUCCUGAGGAUAUGAUGCAGUUUACAAAUAAAAACCUUAAAAAUGUGCAACAGAUGGAAAAGUUGCUGCCAGAAAAUUUAAUAGUACCACAAUUCAAAAGUAAAGUGCAAGAUAUUAAAGAUAAGCUACCAACAAUCACAAGUCUACGCAAUCCUAAUCUCAAGGCACGCCACUGGACAAAUAUUGAACAGCUGUUGAAUGUUAAGAUAUCUCCUGAUGAACCAGUGUCGCUAGAAUAUUUACUUGAAAAAGGUCUUAUGAACUGCACAGAGCAGCUUAAUGAUAUUGCAGCUCAAGCUAGCUCCGAAGCAGCUCUUGAGGGUUUGCUUCAUAAAGUGGAAAAUGCUUGGCAAGAGGCAGAACUUAUUGUACUAAACCAUCGUGAUCAAAAGGAUGUGUUCAUUUUAGGAGGCCUUGAAGAUACUUUUACUCUCUUGGAAGAAAGCAUGAUCAACAUCAACACAAUUUUAAGCUCCCGUCAUGUUGGACCUAUUAAAAGCAGAGUUGAGGAUUGGCUCGAUCAGUUAAAGCUUUUCUCUAAAACACUGGAUGAAUGGAUACAAUGCCAGCAAAGUUGGCUAUACUUGGAGAGCAUUUUUUCUGCCCCUGAUAUUCAAAGACAACUACCAGCAGAGGCUAAAAUGUUUAUGACUGUAGAUAAGUCAUGGAAGGACAUAAUGCGGCGCACAGCAAAAACACCACUAGCAAUGUCGGCAUGCACUUAUCCUGGGUUGUAUGAAACUUUUGUUAACAAUAAUGCUCUUCUUGACCAAGUCAUGAAAUGCCUUGAAGCAUAUUUGGAGUCGAAACGAGUUGUAUUUCCACGUUUUUACUUUCUCUCCAAUGACGAACUUAUUGAAAUAUUAGCUCAGACUAGAAAUCCUCAUGCAGUUCAGCCUCAUUUAAGAAAAUGCUUUGAUGCUAUUGCUAAACUGGAAUUUGGUAAAGGUGGAAUCCCUGGCAUUUUUGAUGGAGAGGACACUGACAAGCUCUCAUCUGAUAUAGUUGCUAUGAUAUCACCGGAAGGUGAAAGGGUAGUACUUACCAAGGGUCUAAAAGCAAGAGGGAAUGUGGAAGAUUGGUUAACUAAAGUUGAAGAAUCAAUGUUCACAUCUCUUAGGCGAAUUAUGAAGGCAGCCCUCAUUUCUUAUGGUACUACUCCAAUGGACAUAUGGGUUCUUAAUCAACCCUCACAGGUGUGUGUUUGCCCAUUGCUUCAACUAAUAACUGGAUUUAAGUGUAUUCCCACAAUGUAUCUUUAUAUGUGUCUGCAGAUCGCCCUCACUAUUUCACAAGUAAUGUGGGCUCAGGCAGUUGAAAAAAUACUUGAAAAUAAAGCAAGUGCUUUAAGUAAAAUGCAAGAAUUUGAAAAGAAAAAUUUCACUGAUUUAACUCUACUUGCCGGAAUGGUGAGAGGGGAGCUUACCAAACUCGACCGUGCUGUUUUAUGUGCUCUUAUAACAAUAAACGUUCAUGCCAGAGAUAAUGUAUCUGCUCUUGUGAAAAGCCAGGUGGUCGAAAGAUCAAAUUUUGAGUGGCUAAAACAGCUACGUUACUAUUGGGAUGAUGAAAUAGAUAAUUGUGUUGCAAGAAUGUCAACUUCUCAUUAUGUGUAUGGAUAUGAAUACUUAGGGGCAUCCCCUCGUCUUGUUAUUACACCUCUGACUGAUCGUUGUUAUUUGUGCUUGAUGGGAGCAUUGCAGUUAGAUUUAGGUGGAGCCCCAGCAGGCCCUGCAGGUACUGGUAAAACUGAAACCACUAAGGAUUUGGCUAAAUCUUUGGCUAUUCAGUGCGUUGUUUUCAACUGUUCAGAGGGUCUUGACUACAAGAUGAUGGGACGUUUUUUUUCUGGGCUAGCGCAAUCAGGCGCUUGGUGCUGUUUUGAUGAGUUUAAUCGUAUUGACAUUGAGGUUUUGUCUGUUAUUGCGCAACAAAUUAUUACAAUCCGCAAUGCAAAGGCUGCGAAACUUGCCAGAUUUAUGUUUGAAGGACGGGAAAUCAAGCUGGUACAUCAGUGUGCUGCAUUUAUAACUAUGAAUCCUGGAUAUGCAGGUCGAACAGAACUCCCAGACAAUCUUAAAGCUCUAUUUCGGCCUAUAUCAAUGAUGGUACCUGAUUAUGGCUUGAUUGCAGAAGUCAUUCUUUACUCUGAGGGAUUUGAGUCAUCGAAGCCCUUAGCAAAAAAGAUGGUUCAAAUGUACAAGUUGUGUAGCGAACAACUUUCACAACAGGACCACUAUGAUUUUGGCAUGAGAGCAGUCAAAAGUGUUUUGGUGAUGGCUGGAUCCCUGAAGAGAGCCAAUCCUGAUGUAAACGAAAAUAUUGUUCUCAUCCGAGCUUUGCGUGAUUCAAAUUUGCCCAAAUUUUUGACAGAUGAUGCCCUUUUAUUCCAGGGAAUUCUUAAAGACCUUUUCCCGGGCAUUGAAAUUCCUGAACAAGAUUAUGGUCAUUUGCAAGAUGCAAUUGUAUCAGUUAUGCUUGCGUCUAAUUUGCAACCAAUAGAAUGUAUGGUCUCUAAGGUGAUCCAGUUGUAUGAAACCUGCAUUGUACGUCAUGGCGUUAUGCUAGUUGGACCUACUGGUGGUGGUAAAACAACUAUUAUCAAGACUCUUGGAAAUGCAUUGGGUGAUCUACAUAAAAAGGGAAUAAAAGAUCCACAAUUUUUCCCUGUCCAUUAUUAUGUUAUGAACCCAAAAUCAAUAACAAUGGGUGAAUUAUAUGGAGAAGUGAAUCCUUUGACUAUGGAGUGGAGAGAUGGUUUGUUAGGAAUUAGUGUCCGGACAGCUGUUAAAAGUACUAAUGAAGAUCAUCAGUGGGUAGUCUGCGAUGGACCUGUAGAUGCAGUGUGGAUUGAAAAUAUGAACACAGUGUUGGAUGACAACAAAAUGCUAUGCUUGGCUAAUUCAGAGCGAAUUAAAUUAACAGCAUUUGUAACAAUGAUGUUUGAAGUCCAAGAUUUAGCCCAAGCAUCCCCUGCAACUGUUAGCAGAUGUGGAAUGGUUUAUGUUGAUUCAAAUGACUUGAAAUGGAUGCCUUAUGUUAAGUCUUGGUUAAGCAAACUUUCUAUUUUACCAGAGGACUUAAAAGAGUUUGUGUUAGAACUUUUUAAUCGUUCUGUGGAUCGUAUUUUGAACCAUAUUUUGAAGCAUUGCGAUCAAGGAAUACCUCAGGCAGACAUGGGAAAAGUUCAAACCUUAUGUGCUCUGUAUGAAGCUCUGAUACUUGAGCCAGGAGCAAUGGAUGUGACAGCAGCUGACAAAUUGCGUAUGAAGAACUUCCUUUGUCAGGCAUUUGUCUUCUCAGCUGUCUGGGGCCUUGGUGGCAAUGUAACAGAAUCAGGAAGAGAUACUUUCGAUAUUUGUAUCAGAGAAAUUUUUGAUGACCAUCCAGAUGCAAGGUUGCCUUCUUCUGGAGACGUUUGGUCUCUGUAUAUUAAUGUAUCAGCACGUCGAAUGGAACCUUGGUCGAAGGUAAUGCCUUCAUUUCAUUAUGAUCCUCAAACUGCAUUUUUUGAUUUGCUUGUACCAACCCAAGACACAGUAUGCUUUACUUAUUUACUGGAAAAAAUGAUGACGGUGAACAAACCUGUCCUUUACAUAGGAGGCACUGGUGUUGGAAAGUCAGUGAUAGCAAAAUCUGCUCUCAACAAUCUGGCUUCAACUAAUGAUUAUGUUCCAGUGACAUUAAAUUUCUCUGCUCAAACAAGCAGUAUUCGAACGCAAGAAAUUUUGGAAAUGCACCUUGAAAAAAGGAAAAAAACUCUUCUUGGAGCUCCAUUAGGGAAGAAAGUCGUUGUAUUCAUAGAUGAUGUAAACAUGCCCAAGCUAGAAGUGUAUGGUGCUCAACCCCCUAUCGAGCUGUUGAGGCAAUACUUAGAUUUCCAUGGUCUGUAUGACCGAGAAAAGCUCUUCUGGAAAGAAAUUAAGGAUGUUAUAAUUACAGCGGCUUGUGCUCCGCCAGGGGGUGGACGUAAUCCAUUAACUCCUAGAUUUGUUCGCCACUUUAGUAUGCUUCACAUUCCAAAACCAAAUGAAGCAUCACUUAAAGUUAUCUUUAAGUCUAUUUUAAGGGGAUUUUUGUCAGAUUUUGUGAAGCCUAUACUAGACAUGGCUGACUCUGUUGUAAAUGCUGCUAUUGAUGUUUACCAACGAAUAAUGGAGGAUCUACUGCCAACUCCUGCAAAAUCUCACUAUGUGUUUAAUCUCCGAGAUCUCUCUAAGUGUAUCCAAGGUGUUCUACAAGCAGAUAAUAGCAAUCUAAGAGAGGCCAAUGACCUUCUGCGGCUAUUUUCUCAUGAAUGUCUGAGAGUUUUUCAUGACCGACUUGUUAACAUAGAAGAUAAAAGUUACUUUUACAAACUAUUGACAGAAGUAAACACAAAAUAUUUUGGCAGUCCAGUUUUAGAUCUGCCAAGUGAAGAUGUGAUUUUGAAACCUCCUACAAUUCUGUUUGGUGAUUUUAUGCACCCAUCUACUCCCAAUGAUGAACGAACCUAUGAAGAAAUUAAAGACAUGAGUAAACUGCAAAACAUCCUCCAAGAUUAUUUGGAUGAUUACAACAUGACAGCAGCCCGAGAAAUGAAACUUAUUCUAUUCAUGGAUGCUGUAGAACAUACAAUUCGAAUAGCUCGUAUUCUUCGAUCUGAAAGAGGAAAUGGACUUCUUGUUGGAGUGGGUGGAAUGGGAAAACGUAGUUUGACUAUACUUGGUGCUCAUUUAAAUGGCUAUAAAUGCUUUCAAAUUGAGUUGGCCCGAAAUUAUAACCACGAAUCAUUCUUUGAAGAUCUUCGUAAGUUGUAUUUCAAUGCAGGAGCUAAGAAUGAAGCCACAGUCUUCCUUUUCACUGAUACUCAAGUUGUUGAAGAGGAAUUCUUGGAAGACAUCAACAACAUAUUGAAUUCAGGUGAAGUUCCUGGACUAUUUGAGAGUGACGAGCUUGAAAAAGUUAUUCAAGCUGUACGACCAGCAGCAAAAGAGGCAGGCAUCAUGGAACAUAAUCGUGAUGCUAUCUUCAAUUUUUUUAUUAGUCGGGUUCGCUCCAAAUUGCACCUUGUACUUUGCAUGAGCCCUGUAGGGGAUUCAUUCAGGCAAAGAUGUCGUAUGUUCCCAUCUCUGGUCAAUUGCUGCACAAUUGAUUGGUUUUCAGAAUGGCCCCAGGAGGCACUUCUAUCUGUUGCUAUGAAUUCUCUGAAAGGACACAUUGAAGAAGAUCACUUGGAAAAUUAUGCAAAUAUUUGUGUCUUAAUUCAUGAGAGUGUUGGAGAGAUGUCAGACCGUUUUUAUGUGGAGGUGCACCGCCAUUACUAUACAACACCAAGUAGUUACCUGGAGCUAAUUAAUCUUUUUUUGGCACUCUUGGAGAAAAAACGCAAGGAAACAAGUGGACAGCGUGAUCGUAUUGCUAAUGGUUUACAGAAACUGUAUGAAACUAAUGACUUAGUAGCUCAGAUGAAGGUGGAGCUCUCAUUAUUAGGGCCUAUCCUUAAAGAAAAAUCUGAUGCUACAAACAAGCUGAUGGAAAAGCUAGUAAAAGAGCAGGCGCAAGCUAUGGAAGUACGCCAAGUUGUUGAAGCUGAUGAAGCUGUAGCUAAGGUUAAAGCUGAUGAAACUCAAGCAAUUGCUGAUGAUGCCCAAGCAGACUUAGACCAAGCUUUACCUGCCAUGGAGGCUGCUACAAAAGCUCUUGAGGCUUUAAACAAGAAUGAUAUCAAUGAAUUAAAAGUCUUUAAUAAGCCACCUCCUCUUGUUCGAACUGUUAUGGAGGCAGUCUGCCUGCUCCUUGGCCAAAAGACUGACUGGACAACUGCAAAAGUUGUUUUGGCUGAUACGAACUUUUUGAAAAAGUUGCAAGAGUACGAUAAAGAUCAUAUUCCAGAUAUGACAUUAAGGAAGCUCAAAUCAUACAUAGACAACAAAGAUUUCAUGCCAGAUGUUGUUGCUACCCAAUCUAAAGUUUGUAAGUCUAUAUGUCUUUGGGUUCGUGCAAUAGACACCUAUUCCAAAGUUUAUAAAAUUGUUGAACCAAAGAAAAAACGACUGGAGCAGGCUGAGCGAGAACUUGCCACUGUAAUGGCUGUCCUUCAAGAAAAGCAGCAAAAGUUGGCUGAUGUUGAAGCUACUAUAGCUAAACUGGAAGCUACAUAUGAUGCAAGUUUAAGUGAAAAGAUAGAACUUGAGGAUAGUAUUGCUUUGACAUCUGCUCGCCUUGCCCGAUCUGCAAGUUUGACAGCUGCUCUCGGUGAUGAACAAAUACGAUGGGAAAGCAGUGUACAGGUUUUAAGUGAAGAACUCCAGAACAUGACUGGAAAUGUUCUUGUUGCUGCAGCCUAUUUGUCAUACUUAGGUGCUUUUACAGCCAUUUACAGAAGAGAUCUAAUCCGGAUAUGGUUACAAAGAUGUAUCAAAUUAAGUAUUCCAGCUUCUGCAACCUUUGAUUUGAUUUCAGUUCUUGCAGAUCCGUAUGACAUACGUAUGUGGAACUCUUUUGGCUUGCCCCGCGAUAAAAUUUCGACUGAAAAUGCUAUCUUGGUUACUCAAGCUGGACGCUGGCCUUUAAUGAUUGACCCACAAGAACAAGCAAACAGAUGGAUCCGGGCAAUGGAGGUCAAACAGAGUUUAAAGGUGGUUAGAUUAACAGACAAUAACCUUUUGCAAACACUAGAAGGUGCAAUGCGCCUGGGAUGUCCUGUACUACUUGAAGAACUGGGAGAAACUCUAGAUCCAGCACUUACACCAAUUUUGUUGAGGCAAACCUAUACCAAAUCAGGACGCCUGUUGAUUCGAUUUGCUGAUUCUGAAAUUGAUUAUGACCCAAAUUUCCGUCUUUACAUGACAACAAAAAUGGCUAAUCCUCAUUACCUACCAGAAAUAUGUAUUCAAGUUACUCUGGUGAAUUUUACUGUCACUCUCUCUGGUCUGGAAGAUCAGUUACUUGCGGAAGUUGUUCGCUUGGAACGUCCUGACCUGGAAUCUCAACGCACUGAACUCAUUACACGUAUAAAUGCAGAUAAACAACAACUUAAAAAUAUAGAGGAUAAAAUAUUACAGCUUCUUUUUCAUUCAACUGGUAACAUUCUUGAUGAUGAGGAGUUGAUUGAAACUCUGAAUGAAAGUAAGGAAACAUCUGCCAUUAUAAGUACCCGGCUUGAAGAAGCUGAAGCCACUGAAGAAAAAAUUUCAAUUGCUCGAGAGAAAUACAGAACAGUUGCAGCACGUGGCUCUUGCCUUUACUUUGUUGUGGCCCAGCUGGGGGACAUUGAUCCAAUGUAUCAAUAUUCAUUGAAGUACUUCAAAAUGGUAUUCAAUACUGUGAUCGAAACCAGCAAAAAGGUGCCUGACCUCAAUCAAAGACUUAAGAUUCUUCUUUCUGAAACAACAUCUGCUGUUUACUCAACUGUUUCUAGAGGUCUCUUUGAAAGGCAUAAACUAGUUUUCAGCUUUCUACUUUGUACAAGUAUCCAGCAGCAGGCUAACUCUAUAACAGAACCACAGUGGAAUUUUCUCCUUAGAGGAUUUUCAGGAAAAACAUCAGAGGAGGAUUCUAUUAAACCAGAUAAUAUAAAGAUGUCAGACAACAGUUGGAAAUCCAUUCAGUUUUUGGCUAAGGAUUUCCCAAUUUUUUCUGAACUACCAUCAGACUUAAAUUCUCUUAUUGCCGUUACUGUUGGCGAUUUCCAUGUGGACAUCAAACUUGGAGACACUCGAAGCAGUAAAGAUUGGAAUGGAGUACUGGAUGACUUUAGCAAGUUAAUGGUUAUAAAGGCAUUGAAACCAGAGAAGUUGGUGUUUGCAAUCACUGAGUUUGUUAAAAAGAAAUUAGGACAAACAUUUGUGGAAAGUCCUCAAGUCAAUCUCAAUGUUUUAUACCAAGACACAAAUAAUAUAACUCCAUUGAUAUUUGUUCUGAGUACAGGAUCUGAUCCUUUUGGAUCAUUUCAACGAUUUGCUCAUGAAAUGGGAAACAGAGACAAAGUUCAAGCAAUUUCUCUUGGUCAAGGACAGGGACCUAUUGCAGAAAAAAUGAUUCGUUCUGCAUCCCUAAGGGGUGAUUGGGUCUUUCUGCAGAACUGCCACCUGGCUGCUUCAUGGAUGCUUCCAUUAGAAAGAUUAGUUCAGUCUCUUGCAGAAGCUCCUGAUAAGGUUCACAAUGAUUUCCGACUUUUCCUCAGUUCCUCACCAUGCCAAGCUUUCCCAGUGUCUGUUCUUCAGAACUCUAUCAAAGUAACAAAUGAACCUCCAAGAGGAUUAAGAGCGAACAUUAAAAGGGCGUUUUUAGAAAUAACUGAGGAUUUCUUUGAAGACAAUCCUCUUGGGGCAAGUUGGCGCAAAAUGAUAUUUGGAAUUUGUAUUUUCCAAGCAGUCAUUCAAGAACGAAAGAAGUUUGGUCCCUUAGGCUGGAAUAUUAUUUAUGACUUCAGUGACAGUGACAGAGAAUGUGCUCUACUUAAUCUAAAGCUGUUUUGCUCUGAAGGGUUCAUACCCUGGGAUGCUCUGGAAUAUAUUACUGGUGAAGUUACAUAUGGUGGACGUGUUACUGACAAUUGGGACCAGCGAUGUUUGAGUACAAUUCUCAGAUGCUUUUUCUCUGAGAAAACAUUAGAGCCUGGCUACAAAUUUUCUCCCUCUGGUAUAUACUUUUGCCCUGAUUCUGAACAGUGUAAAAGUCUGGCUGCAUACCGCAAUUUCAUCAACAAACUCCCUAUAAUUGAUUACCCUGAAAUAUUUGGAAUGCAUGAAAAUGCAAACAUUGCAUUUGAGUUAAAUGAGUCCCAGACUAUUCUUCAAACAAUACGUAGUGUGCAGCCACAGGAGUCAGGUGGAUCUAAAGCUACAUCAACCGAUGACAUUGCUUUAGAAUUGUCAAAAAGUAUAGCUCUUCGAAUUUUAGAGAAACUGAAUCCUGAGGAAAUUCAUCCUUCACUUGCAAAGAGGGACGAAGAAGGACGUUUACCUUCUUUGACAACAGUUCUACUCCAAGAAGUUGAGCGCUUCAACAAAUUACUUCAUGUACUGCAUUUGUCUUUGUCCAAUUUAAACCGGGCUAUCAAGGGAUUUGUUGUUAUGUCUGAGAGUCUGGAAGAAGUUUAUAGUGCCUUUAUCAAUAACCAAGUCCCCAAACUUUGGUCAAAAGCUGCUUACCCUUCCUUGAAGUCUUUAUCAAGUUGGAUUCUUGAUCUUGAACUUCGAUUAGACUUCAUAAAGGUAAUGCAAAGGCUUACUGGUGUGUGGAAUUUUCUACUUCAGUCCACAUAAUUGUUCUUCUUCUCCAACAGUCAUGGCUUACAACUGGACCACCUGAGUCAUUUUGGCUAUCUGGAUUUUUCUUUCCUCAAGGAUUCUUGACAGGUGUACUCCAAACUCAUGCUCGUAAAUACACACUGCCCAUUGAUGAACUUGUAUUUGAUUUCAAGGUUGAU